AUGGACGUAGAUCAAAUUGAAGAAUAUGUUGAAGAUGACAAUUACUCUGUUGGUGCAUCCUCACCAGAGCAGUAUGUCCAUACCUACUUACCUCUUUUGGUAGAAGAAUCUCUUUUUGAAACAGAGAAGUAUACUUCAGAGUAUGAGUCUGAAUAUGAAUUGUCGGAUGAAAUUGAGCCAGAAGAGCAAGACAGAGAGGAAGAACAGGAGUCUACAGCAAACCUCCCAGAAAAUCCUUGGCAUAGAGUAAUUGCCAUUUUCACUGUGAUGUUUAUUUCGACUUUCAUUGUGGAUGAUGGCGCUGUGAUCUUGAUCACCGAUUGCCACACCUUGUAUGACUACAGCAACACCACACAAACAUAUUGCAAUUUUAGAAGAGUCGGCAGCAAGACCUUUUGCGGAAACAAUCUUUACAAGCACAGUAUAAGAAAUACAAUGAUUUCUAAGCAUAUGUUCAUCUACAACUCGUUGACAGCUUCCUUGAAGAAAUUGUUCAUGUGUCCUUCUUUCAAAAAGAAUAUCAAUCAGUUGAAUCGCAAGCCAAAGGUUGAUGGCACUUUAUUUGAUGUUUACGAUGGGAAAAUGUGGAAAGAGUUUGUUGAUGAUGAAGGUGCCCAUGCCAUAUAUCUCACAGUAAACAAUCUGUCAAGAGAAGAGCGCAACAAUGUCAAAAAUGUUAUCCUUGUGGGGUUAAUGCCUGGACCCAAAGAAGCAAGUACUGAGGAGAUCAGUAACUAUUUGCGUCCUCUUGUUGACGAGCUCAUAGUUCUCUACAAGGGUAUAACAGUAAAUACCUAUGACUGCCCUGGUGCUCUUAUUCAUGCUGCUUUGCUGAUAGUUGCUUGCAAUAUACCAACUACAAGAAAAACGUGUGGGUUCACCUCCCACAAUAGCACAUGUGUGUGUAAUAAAUGCAACCGCCAUUUCAAACGCAUUGAUGGAUCCACUAUUGUUAACUACUCUGGGUUUAAGUUUUCCGACUGGGUAAGCAGAACCAAGGAAGAGAAUAUUGAGCAUGUCAUAAUGUGGAAGAAUGCCAGAACACUAGCAGAAAGAAAGCAACUGGAGGUUGAGAAUGGCGUUUUGCGUGCAACAGUAAUCGAUCCCAUGCACAAUCUUUUCCUUGGGAUGGCAAAGCGCAUGAUGGACAAUUGGAUCGCAUGUGGCUUGCUUGACAAUAAUGAUCUUGCAGAGAUGCAGAAGGAAGCUGAUUCAAUGACACUCCCAAUGGGGUAUACAAUUUUCCAAACAAAGAUCGGAAAAGGAUUUUCAUUUAUGAAGACGCGCCUGCCAAGUAAUCUUCUUGUAAACUGGAUUCAUUUUGUUGAUGCAUGUAGGGUACUCACAAAGCCAGCCAUUACUGAAGAAGAGAUUGCUAAAGCCCAUGUCAGUUUGAGAAAAUUCUGCUGUGGUUGUGAAACAAUGUAUAAGCUUGACUUACUGUUGCCAAACAUGCAUCUUUAUCUUCAUUUGAAAGAAUCGAUUCAGGAUUUUGGACCAAUCUACAGUUUUUGGUUGUUUAGUUUUGAGUGCUUCAAUGGUGUCUUGAAAGGAUUCCAGACAAAUCAAAAGAGCGGCUUUGAGAAAACAUACAUGAAGAAGUUCAUUAAGAACUCUUCCAAGGCACAAUUCCAUCUGGCAAUCAUCAAAACUUGCCAUAAUUCUUUCAUCUUCCAUCAUUCCUGGAAUCCGCCACCAAUCCAGAACAACAAACAUUUGUUCUACAAGAUUGAGUAUGAUGAUGAGACUCUGUGUAGUGCAAAAACUAUGCUAAGGCACAGAAUAUUUGUCAAUGACAGAAUUCAAAAGAUUGCAUCUAUCAAUCUUCUUGGACAAGUCUAUAAAGGCGGUGAAGGCUUGAUCAUGAGAGGGUCCUAUAUACAGGCCAAGUAUAUGGAGACCAACAAUAAUAGUAAAGGGAUAUACGCUGGUCAUAUCAAGUAUCUUUUUACAUACAAUUUUACACCCAAUCCUAUCUACACCAACUUCCAUGCUUGUAUUGAGUUGUAUGACGCAACGCUUUUAAAAUAUGACUAUGACAACAUUCUGCCUGUCUACCGCAUAUUGUCACCAAUUGCAAUUGGAAGUCAUGUGUCUGGUAGUGGUGCAGCAAAAGUCAUUGUUAUUCCUCUGCCAAGAAAGCUGUACGCUUAA